CUACAGAAAAUAUGUAGAGCUCUGCUCUUUGAGAAUCUGCUCUUUGGAGGAACUCGUCUAUCGUGUUAAAGGUUACGGGUCACGAAAAGGUCGUGUUUUGAUUUCGUAGACGAAUUAUGGCCGCACUUAGCACUAGUUGGAUAAGGUAUAGGAAUUUUCCUCGACUCGCGUCUCAGUUUUACCGCGUCCUGAAGAAUGCUGGGCCGCAGAUGUCGGCCACGUCGGUGCGGCGACUACACCAGAGUCCACGCUCAUGGGUCGUGGAGAAGGGUGCGUGGGGCAAGGCUCGUCUGUCAGAGACUCACCACCUGAAUCACCAACUGACAGAACUGGACAAGGCAGAUGCUCUGAUGCUACGGAAAUCUCAUGAAACAGGUUUCCUCUCCUGGUUCCGGAAUGGUCUGUUGGCCACAGGAAUUGGCGUCAUCGCCUUUGUGCAGAGUGAUGUGGGACGUGAGGCUGCCUAUGCCUUCUUCAUCCUGGGUGGCGUGUGUGUGUCCUUCGGCGGCGCGUCCUACGUGGGCAGCCUGCUGACGCUGCGGCGCUUCAUGCUGCUGUCGCUGCCCGCGGCUCUGCUGCAGACGGCCGUGGUGUCCAGCGCUGCGCUCUUCUGGCUCUGCGCCGUCUCCCUGUACGUGGGCCGCCUGGAGGUGGAGAUCAUCCACGAGGACGACGACGACGACCACGACGACCACGACGACCACGACCACAGAGGAGGCAGGAGGAGAGGCGAGGAGGACGAGGGGGAGAGGGGGGAGUGCGCCGACUGCAAGGCCCGCCGCGAUAGACGUCAAGACAAGUAAAGAGAGAGAAAGAGAGAGAGAGAGAGGAUUAGUAGAGGAGGGGGUAGGGGGCCUUGCUUAGUGAGUGGUCCUCUAAUGUGAGAGGGGAAGAGUUUAUUUUUGAGAGGUUUUGACUAUACGUCCUUUUCUGUAGGAGAAUCAGACAGUGAGUGUAUGUGGAUCCUGAGAUCCAAUGCUGUGGCAAUAUAAUCAUGUGUGUGCGUUUGAGCGUUAGAGAAAGAGGGAGAGAGUGUGUGUGUGUGUGUGUGUGUGUGUGUGUGUGUGUGUGUGUGUGUG